AUGGACAACCUUGCUCAUCACGCAAAUGUUCAUCAAAGAUUGAUGGAUGAUAUUCAUCAACAACAACAACAACAUGGUGUAGUUACUUCUCAACCACACCACCACCACCACUCGAACCACCCACAUAAAUUCUUCCCACCACCACCUCAUGUCCAACAACGUGCUUGGAUUCAAUCCUAUGAACAAUACCUCGGAAUGUAUCGUGAGAGUGUGGAGAAGCCUCAUUCAUUUUGGGGUAAAAUUGCCUCAGAGAAUUAUUAUUGGAAAGAGAAAGGCUUUUCAUUGGAGGAUCCAAAAAGUAUUUUGGACUAUAAUAUGGACGUCAGUAAGGGACCUAUUCGUAUUGAAUGGUUCAAGAAUUCCUUAACAAACAUUUGCUACAAUGCACUUGAUCGACAUGUCUUGAAUGGCAAUGGUGAUCGUGUUGCCUUCUACUUUGAAGGAAAUGAUAUCAAUGAUCCUCUCACUCGUACAGUCACUUACAAACAAUUAUUAGAACAAGUUUCUAAAUUUGCAAAAGUAUUGAAAAAGUUGGGAGUCCAGAAGGGUGAUUGUGUGGCCAUGUACAUGCCCAUGGUCAUGGAAUUAAUUGUUGCAGUAUUGGCUUGUGCUCGUAUUGGUGCUAUUCACUCGGUCGUCUUUGGUGGAUUCAGUGCUGAGGCUCUUUCUCAACGCUUAAUUGACUCUCAUGCCAAAGUCAUUGUGACUGCUGAUUAUGGUAUUCGUGGAGACAAGUUGAUUCCUUUGAAACAUUCGGUGGAUGAAGCCAUUGAUCAUCACUGUUCUGAACGUGGAUUUUCAUGUGAGAAGGUGAUUGUUGUGAAUCGAAUGAAUUCUACAACAACAACAACUCGAUCGGACAGCCAUGAUGAUGACGAUGAUUCAGGUCAUGAUACCCUAACAUGUUCUCACAACAAGUCUACCACCACCACUCAUACCACCACCACUCAUACCACCACCACUGCUACUACUACUACCUCUACUACCUCUACUACGAGUACCACCACCAUUCAAUGGCACUCACAUCGUGAUGUUUGGUAUCAUGACUUGAUGGGAUCAUUGAAUGAUGAUGAUGACUCAGAGUUAUGUCCAGUCGAAUGGGUUCGUGGUGAAGAUCCACUCUUCAUGCUCUACACGAGUGGUAGUACAGGUAAACCCAAAGGUCUCAUUCACACCACUGCUGGUUACAUGAUCUAUACAAGUACAACCUUUAAAUAUGUAUUUGAUUAUCAUGAAGGUGAUGUCUAUUGGUGUGGAGCUGACAUUGGUUGGAUUACAGGACAUUCCUAUGUGGUCUAUGGUCCUCUCUUGUGUGGUGCUACGAGUGUGAUCUUUGAAGGAGUUCCAACCUAUCCAACAGCCUCUCGUUGUUGGCAAAUUAUUGACAAGUAUCAAGUGAAUCAAUUCUACAGUGCACCAACAUUGAUUCGAACAUUGAUGAAAAUGGGUGAUUCUUAUGUGAAGGAAGGAUCAAGUCGUGAAUCCUUACGUGUAUUGGGAAGUGUUGGUGAACCUAUCAAUCCUGAAGCAUGGAUGUGGUAUCAUCAAGUAGUUGGUAAUUCCAAGUGUGCCAUUGUGGAUACUUUUUGGCAAACAGAAUCAGGUGGACAUUUAAUUACACCACUCCCUGGAUGUAUUCCAACAAAACCAGGAAGUGCGACUGUACCAUUCUUUGGAGUUGUACCUGUGGUGUUGAACACUACGAGUUGCAGUGGUGGUAGUACCAGUAGUGGUUGUGCUGCUGCUGCUCAUAGUGCUGGUACGACGAGUGACAACUGUGUUCAACCUCCUCACUUUGAACCUCCCACUCCAACCUUACCUGCCACCAAUGACACGGCAGCAAGUCCAUCUCUUGGCAGUACGUACUCUGGUCUCUUCUCCUCUUCCACUACUACUACCAAUCCAUCCUGGACUACAUCCUUGGAAUUACAAGGUGAAUGUGAAGGAUAUUUGGCAAUGAAAUAUCCAUGGCCAGGUAUUGCUCGUACUAUCUUUGGUGAUCAUGAAAGAUAUGAAAAGACUUACUUUGGUAUUGUGAAUGGUUAUUACAUGACUGGAGAUGGUUGUAAGAGAGAUUCAGAUGGAUAUAUUUGGUUAACUGGUCGAGUGGAUGAUGUAUUGAAUGUGAGUGGACAUCGUUUGGGUACAGCUGAAUUGGAAUCAGCAUUUGUUGCUCAUCCAAGUGUUGCUGAAGCUGCUGUAGUCCCAUGUCCACAUGAUAUUAAGGGUCAUGGUAUUUAUUGUUAUGUGGUAUUGAAGGAUCAUGUCAAUGUGAAUGAUAAGAAACAGUUGAAUGAAUUAGCUCAGACUUUGAAACAUUGGAUUAGACAUGAAAUUGGUCCUGUGGCUACUCCUGAUUAUAUUCACUUUGCAUUGAAGGGAUUACCAAAGACACGUUCAGGUAAAAUUAUGAGAAGAAUUUUGAGAAAGAUUGCUGAAGGAAGUGAAUCUUCUUUGGGAGAUGUUUCCACAUUGGCAGAUCCAUCUGUAGUGGAAGAUUUGAUUGCUACUCGUGUGUUGAAAUAA